ACUCAGCCUACUUAAAAGAUUUGGGUGUGGGUUCUGUCGUAUUAAGACAUGGACCAGUAUGGAUUUUUGCUUACAGUUUUUAUAUGAUUGGGUAGCUUGCAGAACGAUGGGACCGUUCGGUUCGUUUGGAACUCUCUGGUUUUCGCCGGUUCACCGGUCCGAUAGUUGGUUUAGGCGUCCGUGACCGGUUCAAUGUUACAACGGUCUAAUAGGUAAAUCGUUGCGGAAUUGCGACCGGUUGUCGGUUGGACCGGCCGGUCCGGUCCGGUUUUUUAAACACUGGGAAAGAGAGAGGGGUUUAGAGAGAGAAAGUAGAGAGGGAUGAUGGAAGCUUCGAGCCGGAUAUCUCUGCAAAUCCUGUUGUUCUCUUCGAUUUCUCUGCAAUUCUUUUCAGUUUGAGGAGGCUGCAAUUGCUGCGUUGAAGAGAGCAUUAGGUGCUUUGAACACACAUCUUGCUUCAAACAAUUUCCUGGUCGGGCAUUCUGUCACCCUGGCUGACAUUGUCAUGACAUGCAAUUUGACUAAGAGACCUCGGAGUUCCCUCAUGUUGAGAGAUACUUCUGGACCAUGGUUAAUCAACCAAAUUUCAGCAAGAUCUUGGGUGAGGUAAAGCAAACUGCAUCAGUCCCACCUGUUUCGUCUGCAAAGAAGCCUGCCCUGCCAAAAGAACAUGCCAAACCAAAGCACAAGGAUGAACCAAAGAAAGAAGUCAAGAAGGAGCCAGCAAAGCCCAAAGAGGCUCCUGUUGGGGAAGAGGAAGAAGCACCAAAACCCAAACCUAAGAAUCCUCUUGAUCUGCUGCCCCCAAGUAAGAUGAUUCUGGAUGAAUGGAAGAGACUCUACUCAAAUACCAAGACCAUUUUCCGUGAGGUUGCAAUUAAAGGAUUCUGGGACAUGUACGAUCCCGAGGGAUACUCUCUUUGGUUCUGUGAUUACAAAUACAAUGACGAGAAUACCGUCUCAUUUGUAACUCUGAUCAAGGUUGGUGGAUUCCUUCAGCGGAUGGAUCUGGCACGCAAGUAUGCUUUUGGGAAGAUGCUUGUAAUCGGCUCAGAGGCCCCAUUUAAGGUGAAGGGGCUGUGGCUUUUCCGCGGGCAAGAGAUACCUCAAUUUAUAAUUGAUGAGUGCUAUGACAUGGAACUCUAUGAGUGGAAGGAGGUUGACAUCUCGCAUGAGGCCCAAAAGGGGCGUGUGAUUCAGAUGAUAGAAGAUCAGGAGCCUUUUGAGGGAGAGGCUCUUCUGGAUGCCAAGUGCUUCAAGAAGUUCAAGGGAUCUGCCUCUGACUAUAUAAGAAGUCUCACCACCAAAGAAAACUGUGGGCACGCCUAGCUGCCUGCUCUGUUCUUGAACCUCUUCAAGAAGGGUAAUUGGUCUUCUAUUUCCAA